AUGCGUAGCGUUUCAGAACACGAAAAUCCUGAUCCAUAUUUUGAACCUGUUAUUACUCUUCCUCCAUUAACAGUCUGUAAUUCCGAAGAGAAUGAAGAGUGCUUAUUCAAGCAGAGAGCACAGCUGUUCCGUUUCGAUGCGGUUGACGAUCCCCCAGAAUGGAAGGAGCGUGGCAUUGGAAUACUGAAAAUCCUACGUAACAAAACCAAUGGGUGUUAUCGCUUAUUAAUGCGUCGAGAUCGCACUUACAAGGUUUGUGCCAACCAUUAUCUCUCCAAAAAUAUGUAUCUGCGUCCAAACUGCAGCAGCAAUAGAGCCUUUGUUUGGAGUACAAUGGCUGAUUUCUCAAACGAAGUGGUAAAACCAGAGUCAUUGGGUGUUAGAUUUGCUAACUCUACUUAUGCAGACGAGUUUCGGAAGGUUUUCGAGGAAGGUUGUCAGGCAACUGAGGAAAAGUUAACCGACAAUAGAUCCAGCACUGAAGACACUCACUCUGAUAAGGAGGAUAAGACUAAUGAUAUUGGGACACUUUCAGAUUCUAUCAAAGAAUGCUUGAAUAUCGCAACACCGAAUAUUAACUCUUCUGUUCAUAGCUGUUCAACAGAAACCAAUAUUUAA